AUGCCGAUGGACAGAAGGAUGGAUAUUUUCUCGCUGUUGUCGCCGCAGGACUCGCCCUCGGGCAAAUCCAGUCCUGCUCCUCCGGCUCCCCCCAAACCCACCGCUUCUUGCUCUGGUCGCAAUUCCACCCCGACUCCCACCCCCGUACCUGAUACGACCUCCUCUUCCCCCCCACAUCAGAAUUUCCACAAGCCCCGGUCGAGCUCCGCCAGGCCCGGGAUGAUAUCCUCCUUAAUCAACCAAGUCUGCAACAACCCUCAGCUACGCGACACGUCUCCACAGGACAUCGGCCAGGGCUCUGGGACUGGUACUCCUCCCUCGAACGAACAACAGCAACAACAACAACAACAACAACAACAACAACAACAACAACAACAACAACAACCUGCCCGACAAACACCGACACCUGGAAUAGAUGCCUUGGCGGAUCUUGCAUCCAUGCAGCGCCCCCAGCCACACCGGGCAAACCCUUCGAUAAUAAGGAAUACCAGCACAGAAAUCCCUGAGAGCCAGAUGUCCCCGUCUCCCCUCAAUCCGAAAGUCAAACCCGUCCCACGCAACCCGAAUCCCGCCACCCCUCGGUCCCAUUACGAUGGAUCUGAUGUAUUCAGGGAAUCUAGCAAAAGGGACUUUUGCAGCUCCUCACUGGCCCCGAAAAACCAGCAGAUGGCCUCAGAAUUAUACACGCAUAUCCAGCAGAAUCGCCAUGCCUACGAGUCCCGCGUGAAAUUCAUCCGUUUGCUCCACCAGGGUUUCGUGGAGCACGUCUACCCGCCCUCCUCACCUGAUUCCCGCGGAGAUCCACAUACAUACGACGUCUUACAGGACCUGCGUGCCGCGCGGGAGGAACUCGAUAGCCUAUUCGCCAUCGGAGAGGAUCUGUGGGCCGAAUGGAUACAGGAUGAGAGUGUGCUGGCACGAACGGUGGAUGAGCAGAUUGGCGUGAUGAAGCUGUGUAGCCGCUCCGUCGAUGAGGAGUACGGCAGCACAAAACUUUGGAUCAUCUAUGGCGAGUGGAUGUUGUAUCUCUACAAUUCCGUUUCGCAGCCGGGGGAGGACGCGGCCUCCUGCAAAUGGUCGGAGGAGGAUAGAUCGGCGGCGCAGACGGCGUUUACGUGGCAGUCCGUCCUAGACGUCUGGUCGAAUGCGGUGGAGGCUACGAACUGGAGAAUUAACGAUAGCCAUCUGGUUUGGGAUCGGUAUUUGGAACUUGUCGUGCAAGAUGUCGGAAAGCAGCCGUCGCCGGAGAAAUUGGGACAUGCAAGGGAGUUAUUUGUCAAGAGGCUUCAGGUACCACAUUCGACUUGGGACCAAACGUUCCAAAUGUUUUCCAACUUCAUCUCUACAUAUGACAACAACCACUACGAGGAGGCAAUGGUCGACAUGACGAGUAGAGCCGCCCAUGCAAAAGCACUUUGGAACGCGCGAGAGGUGCGGGAAACUGAGCUCCGCCGUGCUGUCGAGGCCGGUGAUAGCGCUACAGAAUGGAGCCUGUUCGUCGCAUAUAUCGAAUGGGAACUUUCCCAGAACCGCCGAAAGGGCAAGUUCAGCUUCGACCUCGUCUGCGCUCUGUACCAACGCGCCGUCCUCCGCUUCCCCAUCGACGUCACUCUCUGGGAAGACUAUAUAAUGUUCCUGGUCGAAGAGUCCAUGAACCAGCGCGGCCGGCACAACGCCUACAUCCCCAACCUCCCCUCCCUCGAGCGCGCAACUCGCCACUGCCCCUGGUCUGGCUCCCUCUGGUCCCAACGCAUUCUCAGUGCCGAACGGGCAGGGCUCUCCUUCACGCAGAUCGCAGAUGUAAAACAUAAAGCCACGCGCACUGGUUUGCUGGAUACGGGUGGUGUAGACGAGGUGAUCAAAGUGCAUACGACAUGGUGCAGUUACCUGCGCCGGCGCGCGUUCCAACCAGAUUCGACAGACGAAGACCUCGACGUUGCUGAAGUGGGAAUCCGCUCCGCGAUAGAAAGUAUACAAGAGCUGGGCGAGCGUCACAACAACACCGACAAGAACAAAAAUAACAAUGACAAAUCCACCCCUCCACCUCCCAACGACCCUCUCUUCCGUCUCGAACGGAUCUACAUUCGCUACCUCUCCGAAAGCGGCAGCUGGGACAGCGCGCGAGAAACCUUCAAAUCCCUUGCAACCCGCCAUGGUCACAGCUACGAAUUCUGGCUCCUGUAUUACACCUGGGAACUAAUGUGCUGGAGCAAAUUUACGCAAUCAGACGGCAGCGCUAGCGCUUCAAGGCGCACGCCGAACCCGUCCCUGGCGACGGCGGUGUUGAAACAGGCGCUGCAGAGGAACGAUUUGGACUGGCCUGAGAAGAUUAUGGCGGUGUAUAUCGAUCAUUGCGAGCAUUAUGAGGAUGCGGAUGAGCUGCAGCUUGCUGUUGUGAGGGUUCGGAGGGCGAUGAAGGUGGUUACGAGGAGAAGGGAGGAGGAGGCGGUUAAAUUGCAACAGCAGCAGCAAGAGCAAACGGUGGCAACGGCGGUGAUGGGUGAGGGAGAUGUGGGUAAUGAGAUAACUUCUGGGGGGGGGAAGAGGAAGUGGACGAAAGAAAUGGAGGUUGAUGAUGGGGGUGUGAAUGGUUCUGCGAAUAAGAAGGCGAAGGCGAAGGCGAGGGAGGCAGAGGUGGAGAUGGAGAUGGAUAUAACGGGUGGGAAUGUGUUGGCCGCCCCUGCUUUGAAGCGGGAUCGGGAGAAUGCGACGGUGAUUGUCAAGCGGUUGCCGCCUGGUGUGACGGAGAUGAGGGUGAGGCAGUUUUUUAGAGAUUGCGGCAAAAUAAACUCCCUAAGCUUCAUCCCUUCCAAUUCUCAAUCUCACGCACAGGAUCACCCAACCGCCAUAAUCGAGUUCAAUACCCACGAAGACGCCCUAGCCGCACAAACGCGCAACCACAAGCAACUGGACGACUACUCCAUCUCCGUCAGCCUGCUGACCGAAUCGACGCUAUUCGUCACCAAUUUCCCUCCAGCGGCUGAUGAAGCGUAUGUUCGCGAUCUUUUCGCUCCGUACGGUGAAAUCCUGGGCAUCCGGUUCCCUUCUCUCAAAUACAACACGCACAGACGGUUUUGCUAUGUCCAGUUCCAGUCUCCCCAUUCUGCUCAUGCAGCGGUCGAUGGGUUGAAUGGGCACAUUCAGCAUGUACCGCAACAGCAGCGCAUCCCCGACGGCGGGUCAACAACUGAGCUAGCGCUCGUCGUCAAAAUCUCUGACCCGCGCAAGCGCCAGGAUAGGACGGGACCGAUGGUCGAGGGGCGGGAGGUGCAUGUGUCGAAUUUGGAUUGGAAGGUUGGAGAGGAGGAAUUGCGGGAAUUGUUUGAGGGCUGUGUUGGGGUGGGAGGGGUUGAGGGGGUGAGGAUUCCGCGGAAAGCGAAUGGGGGGAGUAAGGGGUUUGGGUUUGUGGUUUUUAGGGAUAAGGAAUCCGCCGAAAAAGCCCUCUCCCUAAACGACCAACCCUUUCAUUCCCGCCCCCUACAUGUCCACAUCUCGACCACAACAGGCCCCAAACGAACCGCAACCACAAUCCUAUCGCACGUAAUAACCCGCUCCCCAUCCCCCUCCACCGCUGCCGAUGCCCCCAAUGGAACCUCACCCACAACAACAACAACGCAGCCCACAACCAGCCAACGCCCCCGCACCCUGACUCUCCACAACAUCCCCGACACCCUAAAUGACAGCCGCAUCCACUCCCUCGUGUCCCCCUACGGGCCGCUCGUCAAGAUCAUCCUGCGACCAGAGAAACAGCUCGCCAUUGCCGAGUUCGUGGAUGUUGGUGAUGCGGGGCGUGCGGCGUUGGGGUUGGAGGGGAUGGAGAUUGGGGAGGGGAGGAGGAUUAAUGUUUCUGUUGGAGAUGAGAAGGAGGUGGGGAAGGGUAUGGGGAAGGGGAAGGGGUUGAUGAUGCAGCCUGCGACGAUGAUUAGGAGGCCUGGGCAGCCUGGUGCUGGUGCUGGUGUCGGUGGGAGGGGAGGGAGAAAGGGGGGCUUGGGGGUUAAAAGAGGUGGGGGUGCGGCUGCAGCUGCAGCUGCAGCUGCGCCGGUGCAGGGGCAGGGAAAGAAGAGCAAUGAGGAUUUCCGGGCUAUGGUUUUGUCUGGGAAGACGAACGGAGAGGGACGGCGGCAAGAGGAAUAA